CACUUGCACCUCACAGACAACAGACAGAUGGAUUUCCUCGACCCGGUGUGUGUUUGAGGGAUGUUUUGUAAUCGGGGCGUGUUUAUGAGCACAAGGAAAAGCCAGCGUUCUGCUCUCCGGCACCUCCUCCUGUUCCUCUAAUCAUGAUUACACCGAAAUGCGAGAUCGUGUGCAGGAAAAAAUAAUGCGAGAUUUUAUUUUUCUAGGACACCGUAUUUGUGAUAACAUCUUCGGAUGAUUAUUCCUACUCCCAUACGGUUUCUACAUCAGAGGGCCAGAUUUUCACGUGGACAGAGGAUCGUCAGCGAGUCCUCAUCACUCCAUGUAAAACACCACUAUGUCUGCGAUUGAUCCUUAUCAGUACAUCAUUGUAGAGCAGCAGUACUCCCACAAAUUCAAAGUGAAAGUGCUGCGGGCAGAAAAUGUCACUAAAGGAGCUCUGGGUGACUUGUUGGACACCCCGGACCCCUAUGUGGAGCUUUUCAUUCCCACGGCUCCUGAGAGCAGGAAGAGGACACGGCACAUUGAUAAUGACAUCAACCCUGAGUGGAAUGAAAGCUUCGAGUUCAUUCUGGAUCCAAACCAGAACAAUGUUUUGGAGUUGACAUUAAUGGAUGCUAAUUAUGUGAUGGAUGAGACACUGGGUAUGACAUCAUAUUCCAUUUCCAACCUGAAAGUGGGACAAAAGGAAAUGUUACCAUUUGACAUAGGAAAAACCACCAAAGUGUUCUUAGAGCUCAGUCUGGAAAUCUGCUCUGCUAUUGACCUGCGGUUUAGUCUUGCCUUGUGUGACAAAGAGAAGUUGUACAGGCAACGGCGAAGAGAGCAAGCCAUGCUGGGUAUCAAGAAACUCCUGGACAUGGAGAAGCCUCGAUUCCUGCCCUCUAGACCCCAGGAGGUCCCUGUCAUAGCUGUGGUAGGAUCAGGUGGUGGGUUCAGGGCGAUGGUUGGCUUCUCAGGGGUCAUGAAGGCUCUGUACGAGUCAGGAGUUCUGGACUGCACAACAUACAUUGCUGGCCUGUCUGGCUCAACAUGGUAUAUGUCUACGUUGUACUCUCACCCAGAGUUCCCUAAGAAGGGCCCAGAGCAGAUUAAUCAGGAGCUAAUGAACAGUGUGAGCAGCAAUCCUCUCCGCCUGCUCCUGCCACAGCACAUCACCAACUAUGUCCAAGCUCUGUGGACCAAAAAAUCUAGUGGCCAACCCGUCACAUUUGCUGACAUCUUUGGCAUGCUUAUUGGAGAAACACUUAUUCCUGCUAGGAUGGACACUAAGUUGAGUGAGAUGCAGGAGAAAAUUAACGAAGCACAGUCUCCUUUGCCACUUUUUACAUGCCUGCAUGUCAAACCAGAUGUGUCUGAGCUCAUGUUUGCUGAUUGGGUGGAGUUCAGUCCUUAUGAGAUUGGCAUGGCUAAAUAUGGCACAUUCAUGUCCCCUGACCUCUUUGGCAGUAAAUUCUUCAUGGGAACUGUAGUUAAGAAAUAUGAGGAGAAUCCUCUGCACUUCCUAAUGGGGGUCUGGGGCAGUGCUUUCUCCAUACUUUUUAACAGAGUACUGGGGGUAAAGGACAACACUGGGGGAAGCACCAUGGAGGAGGAGCUGGAACAUUUAAAACCUGAGCAUAUUGUGGGAGAAGACAGCCUAGACACUGAUGAAGAGUCACGCAAAGUUGGCACGCAGAAUGACAAUCAGCAAGCACAGGCCAGCUGGAUGCAGCGCAUGGUCACCUCGCUGUUCAGUGACUCCGCCCUGUUUAACACGCGUGAGGGCAGAGCGGGAAAAGUGCACAACUUCAUGCUCGGUCUUAACUUGAACACUAGCAUCCCUUUCUCACCCUUCAGUGAUGUCCUGAACCAAAACAGUCCUGAGGAGGAGGUAGAUGCUGUAACAGACCCCAAUGAGUUUGACCGCAUCUAUGAGCCGCUCGACGUAAAGAGCAAGAAGAUCCAUGUGGUGGACAGUGGCUUGACUUUUAACCUGCCCUAUCCUUUGAUCCUGAGACCCCAGAGGGGAGUUGACCUAAUUAUCUCCUUUGACUUCUCGGCCCGACCAAGUGACACUAGUCCUCCGUUCAAGGAGCUUUUGUUGGCUGAGAAGUGGGCCCGCAUGAACAAGCUUCCAUUUCCCAGAAUUGAUCCCAAAGUGUUUGACCGGGAAGGAAUGAAAGAGUGCUAUGUCUUUAAGCCCAGUAAGGGUGACAAGAACUGUCCCACUGUCAUUCACUUUGUCCUGGUUAACCUAGACUUCAGAAAGUUCAAAGCCCCAGGAGUUCCUCGUGAGACUGAAGCGGACAAAGAGUUUGCUGACUAUGACAUCUUUGAUGACCCAGAAACACCAUACUCCACCUUUAACUUCCAAUAUUCCAACAAGGCCUUCACUCAGCUGCAUGACCUCAUGGAGUUCAACACACUUAACAACAUAGAGGUGAUCAAAGAGGCCAUUAAGGAGAGCAUCGUGUACAGGAAGGAGAACCCAUCUCGCUGCUCUGUGUCCCUUUCUCUCAAUGAAAUACAGAACAAAAAGUUUUUGAAGAGAAAUACCAAAGGGCUCAUGCGCAAAUGACAUGAUGGAUUAGAAACUGAUUCAGGGUCCACUUGUGCUUAGAGCUGAACUGGUCACAGAUGUGAAAUUCUCAUUUCAUUUCAUUGAUAGAAGACAUGUAAAGUCUGAUCCUCUCAAAAGGUUGGUCCUGGAAAGCUCAUAAUCUAUUCCAUACUUGCUUUUAUAGAAUGUGUGACAACUUGUAGAGAAGUUUAAUAUUUUAAUUCAGAUAGGUGAAUUUUUCUCUUCCUUAUCUCAUUUGCUCUUUGCUUAACCCCAAUUCUGCUGGUUCUAAAUUGCUAAAUUCAGAGUUGUCCCCCCCCCCCCAAAAAAAAAAAAAUCUGUUCUUCCUGUCUUCAUAGCUCACAUUCAUGCUUAUAAAUCAAGUAUUAAUGUUAACACACCUUUGCCAUGAAAUAACCCACAUGUGCACAUUUUAAAAUUUAUUGCGUAUCUAUCAAAAAAGUGUACCCAGUCAUGACCAGCCUUUCAGCACGAAGCUUCCACUGCAAAAACUGUUUGCUUUGGAGAAGACAUCGGAUCAACAAGGGCAAGAAAAGUUCAAAAGCAUAGCAUUUGCUGUUUUUGCAGUUACCACUGCCAGCCUCAUGCUUGUUUUUCAAUGACUAUGAAUAAUAUCUGACUAUUCAUAUUAUGGUCAUGAACACAUACUACAACCCCGAUUCCAAAAAAAAAUUGGGACAAAGUACAAAUUGUAAAUAAAAACGGAAUGCAAUAAUUUAUAAAUCUCAAAAACUGAUAUUGUAUUCACAAUAGAACAUAGACAACAUAUCAAAUGUUGAAAGUGAGACAUUUUGAAAUUUCAUGCCAAAUAUUGGCUCAUUUGAAAUGUCAUGACAGCAACACAUCUCAAAAAAGUUGGGACAGGGGCAAGAACAGGGAUGAGAAUUUUCCGCCGAUCAGCGGAUUUCCGACUUUUUCAGACCAAAAUGAUCGUUUUUGAGAUCGAUGUAAAUCCGUUGAGAAAUUUUCGGGGGGGAGGGGGGGGUAUGGUUAAUGAUCUGUGGUCACCUUAAAACGUCUUGAUUCUUGGUGGGCUCCGGGUUGACACACUCGAGUCUUUCGACAUGUCGUAAUUAACAUUCACUUUUGCGACAAUGUUUGACUUAUUUGCGGUAGAAUUUUCGGGAAAUCCCAUCACGUGCAGUGUAUAAACACAAGUACACAUGCUCUCCACGCGUGGCUUGCAAUCACCAUUCACCUACCAUACACACUGACGAUACGCAUUUGUAACAUUGGAAAGACACGUAUUCAGGCGGGAUAUUUUAGCAUAUCAACAAUGGCAAAAGUCCUAGAUAAGAAAGAAGAGGAUUGAGCGAGGGAGAUUGAUAAAGGUGCAGGGAUAAAGAACCAUUUUCGAUGGGCUUGGUUAGAAAGAACACUGAAUGUCGAGAUCGACGAGCAGACUGUCACAACGAAGCUGGGCCGUGGCUGUGGCAAUGAUUCAUUAUAUUAUUUAUAAUGUAUAUCGCACGAAUCAAUGCCAUUAUUUAUAUAUUUAUAUAUAAAAUCAAUAUCAAAUACAAGUGUGUAUCUUUUAUAAAUGGGGUUAGCUUAUCUAAUGUAGCAUGUUGGGGAGAAUCAUAGUAUCAUAUCUAUAUUUCUGAUAAAAUUUUAGGUAUGAUACCGUGUAUAACUCUCCUACUUAUUGCUCAUUUCAUAGGGGGACGGGGGGGAUUGCUGGCAUGUGCCGCAUGGGAGCAUCUGCCACAAAUUUUUUAGGCCGAGAUGAACUUGUAGUUUUUUAUUUUAAAAAAAUUUCCAGUAUGUAAUGCCAAUUGUACAUGCCUGUUCUUUAAUUCAGAAUCACCAUCUUGAUCUUCAAAUUGACCAUAUGGUAUAUGUAUUACAUUACACAACAUCUUGUCCAGAUAAAACCUAGUUAGUACACACAACAGUUGAAAGGGAAGUGAUGAGUGAUGUUGAAUGCUGCCUGCUUAAUAUGCAAGACCUCCUGCUACCAUGAUAACAUCAAAAGAAAGCUUAAGAGAAUUAUAUGAUAUAACUUUUUUCUGGUUUGCACUUCAUUUUAAAGGAUUAGAGUAUGUCAACAAAGAACAUAAAUUUCAUAUGAUACUGAUGAUAUCAUUUUAGACAAACUGAAACUUCUGAGGACAAACUACCAGUUACCAGCAUCACUUCAGACUAGUGAUAGUAGCAGUGCAUCUCAUAUACAUCAACCACUGGUGAAAAGCACAGAUGGCCACACUUCCACUGUAAAUCCUCUGAUAUCAGUAGCUGAUCGUGUGAAUAAUGUUCAGGUAUUUUAUUGAUAUAUUGUAAUAUAAUGCUUAUGAAUGUUUGAUAUAAACUUUAAUUUUGUAUAUAAACUGGACAGAAACACGGAAAAGUAUUGUAACCUUAUCACUGUUAUGAAAAGAACUUUAGAGAAAGCAGCCCAGUCUCCAUUUGGUAAGGUAUUUUAUAUAUUUUAAAAAUUAUAUAUUCUUCAUUUACAUUGAUAUCCACAUGUUAAGAAAGACAUGAAUAACAAAAAUGCAGAAAUAUAAUACUGUAGAGCUCUUGUUUAUAUUAAAAGGUGCAUUGAUUUUUUUGAAAUCAUCAAAUGUGAAUUGAUUGAUUAAAAACAAGUCUCUUGUACCAUAUUAAUCAUUUUCACCUGGUAGUCCACCAAGAAAGGGAAUUUAUUUCCAAAUAAAUUGCAACUUUUUGCUGAUAAAAUUAAUGGUUUGGGGGUAAAAAAAAAAAAUAGCCAAAAAUCAUUAGCUCCCAGGGGCUUCGCCCCCUGGGCCCCCACUGGGGCUCUGCCCCUGGGCCCAACUGGGUGCCUGUGGCCCCCAAACCCCUGGCUUUUUUCAGACUUUUUCAAUAUUUUUCAUUCCCAUCCCUGCAAUAAGAGGCUGGAAAAGUUAAUGGUACAAAAAAAGGAACAGCUGGAGGACCAAAUUGCAACUCAUUAGGUCAAUUGGCAAUAGGUCAUUAACAUGACUGGGUAUAAAAAGAGCAUCUUGGAGUGGCAGCAGCUCUCAGAAGUAAAGAUGGGAAGAGGAUCACCAAUCCCCCUAAUUCUGCGCCGACAAAUAAUGGAGCAAUAUCAGAAAGGAGUUCGACAGUGUAAAAUUGCAAAGAGUUUGAACAUAUCAUCUACAGUGCAUAAUAUCAUCAAAAGAUUCAGAGAAUCUGGAAGAAUCUCCAUGCGUAAGGGUCAAGGCCGGAAAACCAUACUGGGUGCCCGUGAUCUUCGGGCCCUUAGAUGGCACUGCAUCACAUACAGGCAUGCUUCUGUAUUGGAAAUCACAAAAUGGGCUCAGGAAUAUUUCCAGAGAACAUUAUCUGUGAACACAAUUCGCCGUGCCAUCCGCCGUUGCCAGCUAGAACUCUAUAGUUCAAAGAAGAAGCCGCAUCUAAACAUGAUCCAGAAGCGCAGACGUCUUCUCUGGGCCAAGGCUCAUUUAAAAUGGACUGUGGCAAAGUGGAAAACUGUUCUGUGGUCAGACGAAUCAAAAUUUGAAGUUCUUUAUGGAAAUCAGGGACGCCGUGUCAUUCGGACUAAAGAGGAGAAGGACGACCCAAGUUGUUAUCAGCGCUCAGUUCAGAAGCCUGCAUCUCUGAUGGUAUGGGGUUGCAUUAGUGCAUGUGGCAUGGGCAGCUUACACAUCUGGAAAGACACCAUCAAUGCUGAAAAGUAUAUCCAGGUUCUAGAGCAACAUACAGUGGUGCUUGAAAGUUUGUGAACCCUUUAGAAUUUUCUAUAUUUCUGCAUAA